AUGGCUGAUUUGACAGACUACUUUUCAUUUCAAGCAUUUCUAAUUGUAUUAAGAGAAACCUUGGAAUCUGCAAUUAUUAUAUCAGUGUUGCUUGCUUUUCUUCAUCAAACCUUUGUAACAAAACCUAAGACCAAAACAAAUCCAGAUGGGACCUACCAAAGUAUUGAAGAUCAAGCUUCCUCGUCAUUGCAAGAUACCAAUAAAGCAGAAGAGGACAUUUGCAAUGAGGAAAUGUAUCGAUAUUUAAGAUACCAGGUUUGGAUUGGUGGUUUAUUGGGACUAGUUGUGUGUUUGCUUAUUGGAACGGUGAUCUUGGGAGUCUUUUAUAUUCUUGGCAAUGAUUUAUGGUCUAUAGCCGAACAUUAUUGGGAAGGCUCGUUUUCAAUACUUGCCAGUAUUAUCAUUUCAAUAAUGGGUAUCAAGAUCCUUCGAGUGAACAAGAUGCAACAAAAAUGGAAAAUAAAGCUAGGUAGGAUCCUCAAUCAGUCCGGAUUCCUAGCCAGGGUUCGGUUAGCCUCUGAGCAAACCAAUAAAGAACAAAGCUGGGGGACCAAACUAGGAACGUGGGCAGAAAAAUACAACAUGUUUAUACUUCCCUUUGUAACCACUCUUAGAGAAGGAAUGGAGGCAAUUGUGUUCAUUGGAGGGAUAGGAAUUAAUGAGAACACCUCAAAAUGGGCAAUAAUUAACUCGGUUGUAUCAGCAAUAAUUAUUGGAUGUUGCAUAGGUGUGUUUUUAUAUAGAUCAGGAAACUCAUUGUCUUUACAAUGGUUCUUAGUAAGUUCAACGUGUUUCUUAUACUUGGUUGCAGCUGGAUUAUUUUCAAAGGGGAUCUGGAAUUUCGAGUUGCAAGGAUUUAUUAACCAAUGUGGUGGUUUUGAUGUAAGCGAAACAGGACAUGGCCCCGGUUCAUAUGACGUUAUGAAGAGUGUAUGGCACGUUAAUUGUUGCAACGGUGAAUUGCAAGAGGAUGGUGCAUUAUGGAUGAUUGUUACUGCAGUAUUCGGAUGGACCAAUUCAGCCACUUUUGGAAGUGUUAUCGGUUAUAAUGUAUAUUGGUUUAUCAUAAUAAUUGUCUUUUCGGGUCUUCUUUAUGAAGAAAGGCAUGAAUAUUUACCGAUUGUACCGCGUUCGUGGCAGCAGAGAAGAAUUCAGAAAAGACAAUCUCUUUAUCAAGCAGUGGCUAGCGAAACUUCAAAUAAUAGAGCUAGUGUGGAUUCGGUGAAUUCUGAAACGCCGUUAAGAUAG